AUGAAAAUACCAAUUAUUGAAAAGACAUAUGACAAAAUAUCGUCUUAUCUUGUCAAAAGUAGAGAUGCCACUUCAGUAUCAUACAAUAGAUUUGAUAGAGCUGAUGAUAAUUCUGAUGAAAGACCACCACCAACAUCAAUAAUAGUACCACCAUUUGAUGAAAAUGAUUCUGAAUUUAAAGUUUUUUUUGACAAAUAUCAUUGUCAAAAAGCAGCUUUAGUUUGUGCCGUUUUUGGUAUGUCAUUUAUAAUACUUAUGUUUACAACAACAUUUUUUGAAUUUGAUUGGUAUAAUCAUGAAAGAGGUGUUGAUUUCAUGACUCUUCUUGGUCUUAUUCUUUACCUUAUAUGUGGAGUUCUUAUACAUUAUUUUAUCAUUUAUGGUAUAAAAAAACAACAAACAAUAUAUUUUUUCCCAUUUAUUGUAAUUUACAUGUUUUUAAUACUUAGUGAAGCAUUAAGCUUAUUUACUGUUGUUAUCUCAUUCAUCUACUUUAUCAAUGCUCGUAAAAAUAAUUCUCAUCCAGAAAGUCAUCAUCAUUAUUAUGAAAUUGUAAUGUAUGAUCAUACGAAAAAUUCUGUUAUUAUUUCUGCAACAGUUUUAACUCCUCUUAUUUUUGUACAAUCUAUAAUGAUAUACUUUGUUUUGAGAUGUAGAAAUUUUAUUGCUGCUAAAAAUGCUCAUAAUGCUGCAUUAAGAGUUGCUGAACGUGCUAAACAACAAUAUCCUGAUAUUGAAAUAGUUCAUGGUUCAAAUAAUAGUAAAAAUACCUUACAUGAUAAUAAUGAUAUUGAAAGAGGACCAGUAAUAGAUAAUCCAUCAUUAUCUCAACAGCAAAUACCAUCUUCAUUUUCACCACAAGAUAUUGAAGAAGAAGUUAACAAAGAAAAUAAUAAAUAUUAA